AUGGCUCCGCUGCGUGGAGAUGGAAGCCGAAGGUGCGUGCUAGAGCGGCCCGCGCCCCCGCCCCGGCGGCCCGCCGGCCCGCGCCCCCGCCCCGAUGGCCGCCGGCGGCCCGCGCCCCCGCCUCGGCGGCCCGCGCCCUCCACGGCGAUCCGUAUCCGUGUCCCCUCCUCUCCACGGAGGCCCGCGCCCCCGCCAGCCCAGGCGGCAAACGACAGCGCUCGCGUCCCCGCUCGCCCCGGCGGACCUCGCCCGUGCCCGCGCCCGCGCCCCCACCCGCCCCGGCGAAUCGCGUCCCCGCCCCCGCUCGCCCCGGUGGCCCGCGCCCUCGCCACUACUCAAGCUACUAGGUUCACCUCCCCUCCCCAUGCCCAUUACUCCCAUCUAACCUACCCUCCCCCUCAGACUUACUCCCAGCUCAACCCCUCUCCCUCUACCACUUUGUCCCAACUCACCUCCCCUCACCCUACCACUUGGUCCCAUCUCACCACCCCUCCCCAUAUCCAUUACUCCCAUCUGUCCUAA